GGUAAAUUGAGUGGCGCCGAGAGGAGCGCACAUGGCGGCGGAAAGCAGAGUGUGUGUUCCCGGCGGGAUACUUUGAUUUCUCAGCAUGGACAAGGAGCAGGUUUCCAAACGUUUGUAUGUUGGGGGGCUUGGCCACGCGGUUUCCAAGGCUGAACUGGAAGAAAGAUUUGGCAAGUUUGGGCGUAUUUUGGAUGCAGAGAUUAUUACCAGAAAAGAUGAUGAGGGGAACCCUAUGAAGACUUUUGCUUACGUCAGUGUCAGCAUUUCGGAUGCAGAUCUUAGGAAGUGCAUGUCAAUUCUAAAUAAAACAAAAUGGAAAGGGGGGACACUGCAAAUCGAGUUGGCCAAAGAAAGCUUUUUGCACAGGCUUGCCCUGGAGAGGGAGGAAGCAAAGCUGCAGAAAGAAAAGCCACAGAGAAAUAACCCAACCUGUCUGUUGGAAUCACUGAAAAAGACUGGAGUUGUGGAUUUCCACAUGAAAGCAGUACCAGGUACAGAGGUGCCAGAGCACAAGGUAUGGUGGGGUAGAUGGGUGAGAGAGUUAAAGCAGCAGAAAGCAAGCUGA